UUUGUGAGAGUCAGUGUCGGUCGCCUGACCGGAUAGAAGUUGUUUCUGUUUUUUCGCUCCGUCCAGCCGCGUUAGUGUUUCAGAGUAAAUUAGCUGGCUGAUUUAUCUCCGUUCAGCUCGGGACAGACAUGAUAAACUCCCGCUGAACAGCCGCUCCUUCAUAACGGAGCUCUAUACCGGACUUUAACCGCGUCGGUUUGGGUGUGAACCGCCCGUCGUUGGCUGGUUUAACGGCUCUGUUGUUGUGGUUAAUCUGCGUUACUGGACACCGGCUGGGGGUCUAACUGCACCUUCUAUCAGACAAACACUCAAGAAUUUGGGACUAAAAGUGAAGAUAAACGUUUCUAAAUCAUCACCGCAGUCAUGGGGAACCGGGGAAUGGAGGAGCUCAUCCCUUUAAUCAAUAAGCUGCAGGACGCGUUCAGCUCCAUCGGGCAGAGCUGUAACCUGGACCUGCCUCAGAUCGCCGUGGUGGGCGGACAGAGUGCAGGGAAGAGCUCUGUACUGGAGAACUUCGUGGGCAGGGAUUUUCUCCCCCGCGGUUCAGGAAUCGUCACUCGCAGACCCCUCAUCCUCCAGCUGAUCAACAACAAAGCAGAAUACGCGGAGUUCCUUCACUGUAAAGGAAAGAAGUUUGUUGAUUUUGACGAGGUUCGGUUGGAGAUCGAGGCCGAAACGGACCGUAUCACAGGAUCUAAUAAAGGAAUCUCUCCCAUUCCCAUCAACCUGCGGGUCUACUCCCCUCAUGUGCUGAAUCUGACUCUCAUUGAUCUUCCUGGCAUGACGAAGGUGGCGGUGGGGGACCAGCCCCCCGAUAUAGAGUUCCAGAUCAGGGACAUGCUGCUGCAGUUCGUCACUAAGGAGAGUUGUCUGAUUCUGGCCGUAACUCCAGCUAACACUGACCUGGCCAACUCGGAUGCACUCAAAAUCGCCAAGGAGGUCGACCCACAAGGUCUGCGCACCAUCGGUGUGAUCACCAAACUGGACCUGAUGGACGAAGGCACCGACGCCAGAGACAUCCUGGAGAACAAGCUGCUGCCGCUGCGCCGAGGAUAUAUCGGUGUAGUGAACCGCAGUCAGAAGGACAUUGAUGGUCGGAAGGACAUCCGUGCUGCCCUGGCAGCCGAGAGGAAAUUCUUCCUGUCCCAUCCUGCUUACAGACACAUGGCAGAAAGAAUGGGGACACCUCACCUGCAAAAAACUCUCAACCAGCAACUGACCAACCACAUCAGGGACACUCUGCCUGGACUCCGGUCCAAACUGCAGAGUCAGUUGCUGUCUCUGGAGAAGGAGGUGGAGGAGUACAAGAACUUCAAACCAGAUGAUCCUACACGCAAAACUAAAGCGCUGCUGCAGAUGGUGCAGCAGUUCGGAGUGGAUUUUGAGAAGCGAAUCGAGGGGUCAGGUGAUCAGGUGGACACUCUGGAACUUUCCGGAGGAGCUCGAAUCAACCGCAUCUUCCACGAGCGCUUCCCCUUCGAGCUGGUGAAGAUGGAGUUUGAUGAGAAGGAGCUGAGGAGGGAGAUCAGCUAUGCCAUUAAGAACAUACACGGCGUGAGGACAGGCUUGUUUACUCCUGACCUGGCGUUUGAAGCCAUAGUGAAAAAGCAGGUCAUUAAGCUGAAGGAGCCGUGUCUCAAAUGCGUGGACCUGGUCGUGUCCGAGCUGUCCACACUCAUCCACAAGUGUACAGAGAAGCUGGGUUCUUAUCCACGACUGAGAGAGGAAACCGAAAGAAUAGUGACCACAUACGUCAGAGAGAGAGAGAGCAAGACCAAAGACCAGGUGAUGCUGUUGAUUGACAUUGAGCUUUCCUACAUCAACACCAACCAUGAGGACUUCAUUGGUUUUGCCAAUGCCCAGCAGAGCGCCAAUGUGACGAAGAAGAGAGCCAUGCCCAAUCAGGUGAUCAGACGAGGCUGGCUGACCAUCAACAUCAGCAUAAUGAAGGGCGGCUCUAGAGACUACUGGUUCGUCCUCACUGCGGAGUCUCUGUCCUGGUACAAGGACGAAGAGGAGAAGGAGAAGAAGUACAUGCUCCCCCUGGAUAACCUGAAGAUCAGAGACGUGGAGAAAGGCUUCAUGUCCACCAAACACACCUUCGCCAUCUUCAACACUGAGCAGAGGAAUGUGUAUAAGGACCUGCGUCAGAUUGAGCUGGCGUGCGACUCUCAGGAGGACGUGGACAGCUGGAAAGCCUCGUUCCUGCGGGCAGGAGUGUAUCCUGAGAAAGACCAGGUGGAGAACGACGAAAGUGCUCCGGCCGACACGUUCUCCAUGGACCCCCAGCUGGAGAGGCAGGUGGAGACCAUCCGGAACCUGGUGGACUCCUACAUCGGCAUCGUCAACAAGAGCAUCCGCGACCUCAUGCCCAAAACCAUCAUGCACCUCAUGAUCAACAGCGCGAAGGAGUUCAUCCACUCGGAGCUGCUGGCGUAUCUGUACUCCUCCGCGGAUCAGAACAGCCUGAUGGAGGAGAGCGCUGAUCAGGCUCAGAGGAGGGACGAGAUGCUGAGGAUGUAUCACGCCCUCAGAGAGGCGCUCAGCAUCAUCGGGGACAUCAGCACCACCACCAUCUCCACGCCUCUACCUCCACCUGUGGACGACACCUGGCUGCAGAGAGAACCCAGCCCUCCUGCUGUCCGUAAGCCUGCAGCAUCAGCGCCCCCUCCUGGUCGUCCUCCUGCUGUUCGUGGGCCCACUCCCGGCCCGCCUCCAGCCAAUCCCGUGCCUUCGUUCGGUGCUCCUCCUGUUCCCUCUCGUCCGGGUCCUCCCCCCGUGAAUGCGUAUGGCAGUGGGACUCUGGAGCCCGUUCAAGCUCCCCCACCACAGAUCCCCUCACGACCCGCCAGAGUGCCUCCAUCACUGCCGCCGGGAAUUCCCAGAAGACCUCCAGCAGCUCCUAACAGGCCCACUAUCAUCCGCCCAUCUGAGCCGUCUCUGCUGGACUAGAGUGAACACGUACGCAACGGGAACACUCUGUGUUAUCAUGCUGAACACAGGGAAGUGUGUGUGUCCACCUGUAUAUGAUCAUACUAACAGAAACACACACAGAUUGUGUCAUAAAUUGAUUUGUCAUAAUUUACUGAUGAAAAUUGUUCUUUUUUUAUUUAUGGUUUUGAAAGAGUUCCUUUAAAACAUUUCACAGAGCUUUAAAAUGUCAGUGUGUCAUAAUUUGGGAGAAAAAGGAACAAAAACAAGUUUUUGAAAAUAUGUACGGCGCCGUCAAAUUCAGAGAACAUCUUAUAUUUUCAUAAUUUCCAGUCAAAACACGCAAAAUAUACGGGCUCUUCAUGUUCAGAUGUUUGUGAGGAGAUUAGAUAGAGAUAAUAAUAAUGCGUGGCCACGAAUUAGUAAGGCGUGAGAAUGAGAUCCUAAUGCGUGGCCACGAAUUAGUAAGGCGUGAGAAUGAGAUCCUAAUGCGUGGCCA